UACAUUUCAUUACUUUGUCCGACGCGCGUUCAAACGCUUACCUUUAAUCAAGUCGGCGUGAAAAACAGAGCAGCGUGUGUAGUAUUAAGCUAACUGCGGGAAAGUCCAUUUUUUAGUAAUGGCAGGUGCCGUGGUUGAAAACCUGAGUAAUCGAAAGUUGAUUGUGUUGAUAUCUUUCCUCCUUAUAUGUCUUCUAGUAUGCUUUCUUCUCGGCGGCUUGGUCGCUCCAGCACCAUCCAAUGUUCAGUCUGUUUUGGCCACAAAAUGCUAUGAUAAUAGUCAAAACAAAAGCAAAUUCUUUUAUGUCAGACCUAAUGGUGGUUGUGACAAGAUUGAUGAUUUGCAUGGGCCUGAAGCAGAGGAGAGACAUAUAACUGAUAAAAAUGUUGUUUUUGCUUUCCAGUUACCUAUACCACGUGGAGGAAUUGAAUUGGACUACUCUCGAUGGAUGCAAAAUCUUAUUGGAAUUUUACAAAUUGAUGUUACCUUUUUUAAAGAAUGGGAGUUAAUGGAACCCAGAGUUCCUGUUACAAUUGAAGCCAGGCUUGGUUAUCGGAACAAGGGAGAUCCUGAUGAUGAGUGGAAGGAGUAUGCUACAUCAACUGAAAGCAGGACUAUGGAUUGUUCACCUCCUGAAAGAGAUGGUUACCUUUAUAAUUGCUCUCUUCUACCACUGUUUGAACUUGGUGCAUUACAUCAUGACUACUACCUUCUGAAUCUGCGAUUCCCGGUGAUAUAUGAAAACAACCGAGGCCUCGGUCCUGUAUCCGAUCUCUGGCUUGUCGUCAUUAAUCAGAAUGGUGGUUUUACCAAAGUUUGGUUGUCUUUGAAGACAAUUUUCUUUCCCAUGGUAGUAGGAGUCAUGAUCUGGUUCUGGCGUCGUGUUCAGUUAUUAGCUAGGCAACCCACGUUAUUGGAAUCAAUGCUCUUGGCUCUCGGCGUCGCUUUAUCUACUUUAAAUCUUCCCCUUGAGUACUUAACCCUGAGCUUUGAAAUGCCUUUCAUGCUUCUUUUGGGAGAUAUGAAACAGGGUAUUUUUUAUUCGAUGUUAUUAUCUUUUUGGCUUGUUUUCGCCGGAGAACAUCUCAUGAAUCAGGAUGAUACUGAAAGAAAAGGACUAAGAGGUUAUUGGAAACAGCUUAGCUGUGUUGGAGUUGGUUGUUUGUCCAUGUUCAUCUUUGACAUGUGCGAAAGAGGCAUCCAACUUAGGAAUCCGUUCUAUUCUAUUUGGGCGAAUGAAAUUGGGACACAAAUCGCGCUGAGCUUUGUUAUUAUUGCUGGAAUCGCUGCUGGAGUUUACUUUCUUUUCUUGUCAUAUAUUAUUUAUCGUGUGUUCCGCAAUAUCAGUGCUAAGCGUCAGGCGUUGCCUGCAAUGGCGUCCGCUCGCAGACAUUUCUAUGAAGGUGUCAUUUACAGAUUCAAGUUUCUUAUGCUGGCCACUCUACUUUGUGCUGCUAUGACCGUCAUUGGAUUCAUUCUUGGUCAAGUAUCGGAAGGCAAAUGGAAAUGGGAUGAAGACAUCAAUUUGGAAUAUACGUCUGCUUUCUUCACUGGAGUGUACGGAAUGUGGAACGUUUACAUAUUGGCACUGCUUUGCUUGUAUUCUCCAUCUCACAAGCGCUGGCCUAGCGAGAGUGCUGGACAAGAUGAAACCAACGAAGAAAUUGAAUUUACCCCUCUUCCAACGGAACCAAGUGAACUUUCUUCCCUUACGGCCAUGAUCAAGAAAACCGCCACCGAUUAGUCGAACAACCCGGGAUGCUUUUUAAAAGCAUUUCUGCGUAUACUGUUGCUGUACACUUGUUAGCGCGGUUCUUAAUGUUUUGUUGUCUAAUUAAAGGGCCUGCAAUUUUUUUGAGCCCCUUAAAGUCUCCAAUUUUGCUAAGUGUUAUCAAUUUCUCAGUUUUAUGAAACACUUUGUAGCUAUUUCUUUCUCUUUUAACGUGGUGCAUUCCUAAUAUUAUUUAUAUGCUAGCAUGCGUCUUCUUCCCCAUAACUAAGUUCCGUGUUCCCCUGAGGCCAAUAUAAUAAUACUCUUCUCAA